UGACGCAGUUCCGCUCGGCUGGGCGCGCGGUGGAUUGUCUGGGAAGCAGAGCCCGGCUGUGGCUGGGGUAUCGCGGCUCCUGAGCCCGGCAUGGCUUCCACACGAGCUUCCUCCACGCAGGCAACCAAAACCAAGGCACCUGAUGACUUAGUCGCGCCGGUUGUGAAGAAACCACACAUCUACUACGGAAGUUUGGAAGAGAAGGAGAGGGAGCGUCUGGCCAAAGGAGAAUCUGGGAUUUUGGGGAAAGAAGGACUUAAAGCAGGAAUUGAAGCAGGAAAUAUUAACAUAACCUCUGGGGAAGUGUUUGAAAUUGAAGAGCACAUAAGUGAGCGACAGGCCGAAGUGUUAGCCGAGUUUGAGAGAAGGAAGCGAGCCCGGCAAAUCAAUGUUUCCACAGACGACUCAGAGGUCAAGGCUUGCCUUCGAGCCUUGGGGGAGCCUAUCACACUGUUUGGAGAGGGGCCUGCUGAAAGCAGAGAAAGGUUAAGAAAUAUCCUCUCAGUGGUCGGUACUGAUGCCUUAAAAAAAACUAAAAAAGAUGAUGAGAAAUCUAAGAAGUCCAAAGAAGAGUAUCAGCAAACCUGGUACCAUGAAGGACCAAACACCCUGAAGGUUGCUAGACUAUGGAUUGCUAAUUAUUCGCUGCCCAGGGCAAUGAAACGCUUGGAAGAGGCCCGUCUCCAUAAAGAGAUUCCUGAAACAACUAGGACUUCCCAGAUGCAAGAGCUGCACAAAUCUCUCCGGUCUUUGAAUAAUUUCUGCAGUCAGAUUGGGGAUGAUCGGCCUAUCUCCUACUGUCACUUUAGUCCCAAUUCCAAAAUGCUGGCUACAGCCUGUUGGAGUGGGCUUUGCAAGCUCUGGUCUGUUCCUGAUUGCAACCUCCUUCACACUCUUCGAGGCCAUAACACAAAUGUAGGAGCGAUUGUAUUCCAUCCGAAAUCCACUGUUUCCUUGGACCAAAAAGAUGUCAAUUUGGCCUCUUGUGCUGCUGAUGGUUCUGUGAAACUUUGGAGCCUUGACAGUGAUGAACCCGUGGCAGAUAUUGAAGGCCAUACAGUACGUGUGGCCCGUGUAAUGUGGCAUCCAUCAGGACGUUUCUUGGGUACUACCUGCUAUGACCGCUCAUGGCGCUUAUGGGAUUUGGAAGCUCAAGAGGAGAUCCUGCAUCAGGAAGGCCACAGCAUGGGUGUGUAUGACAUUGCCUUCCAUCAAGAUGGCUCUUUGGCUGGCACUGGGGGACUGGAUGCAUUUGGUCGAGUUUGGGACCUGCGUACAGGACGUUGUAUCAUGUUCCUAGAAGGGCACCUGAAGGAAAUCUAUGGAAUAAAUUUCUCCCCCAAUGGCUACCACAUUGCAACCGGCAGUGGUGACAAUACCUGCAAAGUAUGGGACCUUCGACAACGGCGCUGCAUCUAUACCAUCCCCGCCCAUCAGAACUUAGUGACUGGUGUCAAAUUUGAGCCUAUCCACGGGAAUUUCUUGCUCACUGGUGCCUAUGAUAACACAGCCAAGAUCUGGACCCAUCCAGGCUGGUCCCCGCUGAAGACUUUGGCUGGCCACGAAGGCAAAGUGAUGGGCCUAGACAUUUCUUCUGAUGGGCAGCUUAUCGCCACUUGCUCAUAUGACAGGACCUUCAAGCUCUGGAUGGCUGAAUAGGCACGACCCUAGAAAAAGGACUCGAACCUCAAGCUCUCCCUGAAGAGCCAUUUUGUUGUAUCAUGUUUGUUGCCAGUUACCUCAGUAGAUUGGAUUCUAUGUCAGCCCCUGCUCCAUGCAGACAGCCCAGUUCCUGGGUGCUGGUGAACCCCUCUCAUGCUUGAAUUUUAAUGUCAUCUUCAAGCCCUGCCAGUAACUAUGUAGACAAUUGUUUUUAUUAAUCUUUUGUUUGAAUACCCUGUUGCCUUCCUCAUAGCACUCAGGAUUGUGGCUAGCUCCAUUUUUAAUUCUAGAAACUUGGCUUUCUAUUACAUGGUACAUGCUUCAGGGCUACAUGUGGCCCAGAGAGCAAGGUAGCUGGACUGCAGUCUAGGAGCCCUCGGGUCAAGAGGCACAUCUCACCACACACUGGUUAACGCCUGACAGGGCAACAACCUUUCUUCUGCCCUGAGAAAAGAGGAAGACCCACAACGAUGCUCAGAGUUAUGCAGUAAAGAUUUUACCUCUUCCUGUUGACUUCACUUGGAAUGUACCUGCAUCAGGGAGCUUCAGGAAGCUCAGAACUGAACAUUUGCCUCGUUGGAAAGUGUCUUCCAUUUUUCUUUGAUGUUGGCAUCCUUCGUGUUACCCCAAAACUACACCAUUGUGUCAAGAUUCAAUGAAAUUUUUAGAAAGCUAACAUGAUGUCUCUAUUGUGCAAUCUCCUUUUUAUUGGUUAUUUAGAGGAUAUACCCUUCAUGUCAAGGUAACUCUGGAAAAAAUCCCUAAAGGGUAUUAUUAAACAUCAACUGUGACUUUUUUUUAUUACAUAUUUGCUAUAGAGUAAAAUCCUGUUAUGAAAGCUAUACUUCAAAUAAUAUUUUGCAUAGUUAAGUCUUUUCUGAAGCUCAGCCUUUGGUCAUCAAAGUCCCUGUUUUUUGGGUUGAGAUAUGACAUGUGAUCUCAAAUAUGGUUAUUCCAAUUUCCGUUCCCUUAGUAAGCACUGUUAAUAUUUAUUUAAUCUGGUUUCAGUUAUAACCAAAUUGUUGCAUAUCCUGUGUACUUGUUAAGCUUCUGAGUUCUCAACCCUGCUCUCUGUUGGGUACUACACUAUUGUUUAAGUAUAAAGGGACACUAUUUCCUCCAUAGUUGGUCAUGAAAAAAAUUAUUUUCAAUACUACCUUUGUAGUAUGUGUAAACUAAUGAACAUUAGUGUAUUAGCGUGUAAUUUGGGUAUAAUGUGUUAAAAUUGAGUUUUUUCAAGUUUAAAUUCUAUCCCAUUAACCUUGUCUUUGGGAGUGGGGAGUCCAAGGGAUUUAGAGGUGGCAACUGAGUGAAAACAUUCUAUCUAACUCUUCGGCAAAACAAGUGUCUUGUGGAAUACAUAUUUCUUCACUGGAAAUACUGUAAGAAAGGGGUUAGCUGAGGAACAUAAACCGAGUGUGGCAUUUUAUGAUAAUGGUGAGAUAAAUAUAGCCACCACUUAACAAGAUACUCUCUGGCUAGACAUUGCACCAGGCACAUUCGGACAUCUCAUUUAAUCCUCAAAAUCUUAGUUUUCUUUUUACAAACAAAGCUCAAAGAAGUUAAGUGACUUGCUCAAGGUUACCCACUUGUAAGUGGUGGAUCGUGCUCUGUCUCAGUAUGGCCUUAUGAAGAGAUUUCAUAGGGUUGUAUUGACUAUGUUGGCAACACUGGCCAAAGACCAGCCCAGCCAGCAUGACUUGUGCGUAGCUUUAAUCACUCCACCUUUUAUACUGCCCUUUGACAAGUCACUGUGUCUCUUCCUCUGACUUCAUGCCAGAGAGAGUUAACACUUUCACCACUUCUACCUCUUGAAACUAUGAGGAGCCUAUGGUGUUAUCCAACAGGAAACUGCAUUUUGAGAUUGAUGGUAUUUUGUUGUGCAGAACUAUCUGAAGCAUUGUAGCAUGUCUGACCUGUAGAGUACUAAAAACCAGAAGGACAACCCACCACUUUAUUGGUACAUCAAAGAUAGUCCCAGACAUUAACAGAGGCCCCCUAGGAGGAUGGCAUUGCCUCAAGGUUAGAACUAAGUGUGAGAAUAGGAGACACUGUAAUGUUUCCCUGUCUCCCCAAAAAUGUAAACCAAUGUCUUAUUGCACUUCAAGAGUAUAAUUCUUACUUGGAAAGUCCUCCACAAUUUACUGGCUGGGUAACCUUGAACAAGGUAGCUAAACUCGUGGAGCCUUAGUUUGACCUAUGAAUGGGGAUGAAGUUUACUAACUUUAGAGCAGUAGGCUGUAGUGCAGAGGCAAGUGUUCCUUCCUGAACUUCCCCCAGCUCCUCUCCUGUUCCUCUUGGCUCAUGAGGACAUGCUGAGCUCAUUGGCUGCCACAAGGUUAAGGAGCAAGGAUGUGUAAAGAAGUCAGUGGGGAGAGCUUGCGUCCCAGCUUCGGUGUAAUUAUCUUUGAUGACACAAAUGGAGAGGUAAGUACCAGUCCCCUGGCAGGAUACAUUGGUGACUUUCCAAUUUUGUAAUGGAGAAUUUUUUACCCCACUUUUUCUUCACAUCUUAAGACUGUUUGGUUUUAUUAAAUGUGAAAUAUA